UCUCUUUCCACGUUCCAUUCCUCGUCUGGCUGCCGGUGGGGAUGGACUCAGAGCGCUGUCUGUAUGGAGAAGCAGGAAGGGCGGUGCUCGGCUACAAGUGGAGCCUUGAUUGGCCGUUUCUAGCCGUCAAUCAAUCAAUGGAUAGGUUCAGUUUACCUCAGAGUUAGGAACAUAUGAGGCGAAAGGAGGAGGAGGAGGGAAGGGGCUCCGUUCUUCCUCAGCCAGACGAGGAAAGAUGAGGCAACCUGGCGGCGCGAAGACGAAGAAGAAGAAGCCGCUCCGAGGCCCUGAGGCGGAGGAGACCUUGUGCUGCUGCGAAUACCUCGACCGCACGGGGGAACGGAGCCACCUAGCGGCCUGCCUCUGCGACUGCCAGGACCUCGAUGAGGGCUGCGAGAGGUGGCUGACUUGCAGAUCUUUGCCCCCGGGAAUGUUAGAGAGAAUUGCAGACACCUUCACGGAUCGCUUUCGCCUCCCUUGGCUUAGGGGGGCUGUAAAGAUCGAUAUCAGCCUCCUUCCACCAAUCAUCCUACUGCCUGUUUUCCUUCACGUAGCAGCUUUGCACUUCCUCUUGGCUCUUGUUAUCCUGAUAUCACUUCCUGUCUUGGUGCUGUGGUAUUACUACCUUACGCACAGGAAGAAGGGCCAGACUCUCUUUUUCUUAAGUCUGGGGCUCUUCUCCUUAGGCUACAUGUACUAUGUCUUCCUCCAGGAAGUGGUUCCCCAGGGCCAUGUGGGAUACAGCCAGGUGAUUCUUCUCACUUGUGGUUUAAUCCUCAUGCUUGUGGCUUUGUCUCAAGCCAAGAGAGACCCGGGCUACCUUCACUGCCAAAUAAGCAGUGAUGAAGUACUUUGCCAAGUCAGCAGCGGCAACAAUAACAACAUAUUAAACCGGAAUGGCCUCGAGAGUCCCAAUGGGCUUUACAGAGCAGCUGUAUCUGGAGAUGCCGUGAAUAGUAAAACUGAGGGCAAUACCAAAAUGUUGGCAGUAGGGCCAGGUGAGGACUGGUGCACCAAUUGUCAGUUGGUUAGGCCAGCUCGAGCUGGGCACUGCCGGAUUUGUGGCAGGUGUGUGAAGAGACUGGAUCAUCACUGUGUCUGGAUUAACACCUGUGUUGGUGAACAGAACCACCAAGCCUUUAUCCUUGCUCUCUGUCUUUUUCUCAUCACCUCUGUGUACGGGAUUUCUUUGACUCUGGACACCAUCUGUAGGGGGAAAUCUACAAUCAAGGCACUGUUCCAUUGUCCUGGUGUCUAUGGUGACUACAGUUCUGCCCUUUCCUUCACCUGUGUAUGGUAUUGUGCUAUUGUAACUGCCGGCAUGGCUUACAUACUUCUCAUCCAGUUCUUCAACAUCAGCUACAAUGUGACUGAGAGGGAAGCUCGUAUUGCAUUGCGAGAGAAUAUUGGACGGAGGCUGUUGUGCGGCCUGGUGGUAGACACAGGCCAAUACAAUCGAGGCUUCUUGCGCAAUUGGAUCCAUUUCCUCACUUUGCGUUCUGCUGUUUUACACCACUCCGACGAAGACAUAGUAUGACGUGGGCUGCCAAUCUUACUGGGUUAAGGGCAUUAAGGGCACAAAGAUCUCAUUUGCUGGAAACUGGGUAACAAAAUGCAACAUUUUCUAAGCCAUAUUGUGGUUUCAUAUGCCGUGUUCCAUGUGUGAAGUUCUUUGUUUGAUAUCUGUUACAUGAUAUCAUAUGUAUACAAAAGAACUAUAAUAGACCAAACACCUGAUACCUAAGGCUCUUUACUUUUCUCUGAAGGCUAUUCAUAUAUUCAACUGUUGGAUUGUUUUGUACAUUUAUAUGUGAAUUAGCCAAUAGAUUUCUGUAUUGGUGCUUAGGACUGUAGGUUGGAGUGAUCAUCUUAUCAGGGCAUCAGCAAUUCAUUACAUGAUUUAGAGAGGAAUGUUAUAUAUUAUUUAUUUAUUUACUGUAUUUAUAUCCCGCCCUUCUCACUCUGAAGGGGACUCAGAGCAGCCUUACAAAUAGGCAGCAAUUUGAUGCCAUAGGCAUGCAUAUAAUAACAGAUUAAAACCGAAAAUAUUAAAGCAAUUCCAUUUAAAAUAGUAAUUAAAAUUCAAUUGUUAUCUUCAAUUCCAAUGCAGUAUCUUGAAUGUUAACAUGUUUCUCAAAAUCAAGAGCUAAUUGUCCUGUUCGGAUUCAGGAAAACUGAGCAGCAGGUUGCUGGGUGCAAGAGCUUUCUACAAUCCACAAAUACAAAGGCACACUACUCCAAAUUGUAGAGGUUUUGCUUCACAGCUAUUAUAUUAAUUGAUGUACUAACUAAGAGAGCUGCAGAGAAGCAGACCAGAAUAUAAAUCAUGGAUCUAGCAGUAGAGUUUGGUGGUGGUUUGGCAAUCACAUCUAAUCAGUUGUUUAACAAUAAUUGAUUGAACCAAAGCACAAAUUUUACUACUAAAAGUUUUUUAAAAGUGAGAAUUGAGAUGCUAACCAUGUGUGGAUGUUGAAGAGAAAGAACUAGAAGCUUCAGUUGUACUCAAAACAUAAUGGAUACUGUGGUUCAGAUUACGAUAGUGUAGAUCAAGCUUAAGGUCACUACAUAUGCUACUACAGUUCUAUACAUAGAUUUCAUGUGUUCACUUGCAAAAAAAGAUAGCUGUUUUUGGAUUGUGAAAUUCAAGAGGUAGAGGUAGUACAGAGAAAUGUUUGAAUCCAAAAUUUGAGAAACAUUGUUUUAAGAUACUGUUACGCUGGAAUCAAAUGUACCAUGCUGCAGGUUGCUUGCAUUUUUAAAUUUUAGUAUGCUGUAGCAAAUUGUAUACUUUGUGCAGGGUAGGAUUAAAAAGGGAAUACUCCAGCACUUCAAUUUAUAUAGGGAAACUAGUAACCCCACAACAUUAGUUAACAUCUUUUAACUUUCUCCAUUCUUAGAAGAAUUGAGAUGCUUUGGUAGUUCAACUAAGUGCCUUUGGGAUUUUGUUUCUUUAGGGGCAGAGAUAUGUGAGGUUCUUCAGUGGGUAGUAGCAUGGUUACUGCCACCUAUUUGCCACAGAAGAUUAAUUUUUUCCCCCCUAUGUAACGAUUGCUGAUUUCCCAAUCUGAAAGAUGACUCAUAACAAAAGAUAUCAGUUAAAAACUGAAAUCAUUACACUGCUAGAAAUUGGCUCAGAAAAACCUGUAAAUCAAAUGUAUAACAGUACAAAAAUGCAAUACUGGCCAUCAAAAAGCACAUUGUAAUGCAAGAAGCAUAUAUGGGAGCACAUCUUUACUGUUCUAUUAUCCUUAUGGGCCAUUCGUCCUUGUUUUGGUGGGGUAUAUGUAGUUAUCCAAAGAUUGUAAAUUGACAAUUCCUAUUACUUAUAACUGGGACAGCCCAUCAUGAGAAAAAAUAAUCCAACAACAUCUGGAAGGUCACAUAGUCGCCAUCUGUUUUGCAACCAUAUCAUAAAAUAAUUUGGACAAUCAAGAAUGUUUAGUAAGAUUUAAGUGCCAUUUACAGUGAAAUACAGAGCAGUGAGUUACACUAUCCUGAGAGAAGAUAUUGUAGGAAAUCAUUGCUUGUACUGUUUUAUCUUUUUUUGGUACAAUCUGGUGCAGAGAUAGGAAUGCCUUAAUUUAUAUUAUUCUCUGGAGAGGUCCUGUUCUGUGAUAUUUUAGUGGGGCAUUACAGUUCCACUUGUACAAAUUGGUAUGGUAUGAAAUUAAUGCUUAAACAGAUCAUAAGGUGGUUAUUUUUUUAGUGUGAUGUUGUACGGGUUGCAUACAUUCAGCAGCACACAGCUAGGCAUUUGGAGGAUAUAGAAAUUUAAAUGUGCCUGUCUUUCUUUUCUUUGUAUAUGUUCACUUUUCUUAUCAUUGUCAGCACAUGGUAUAGAAUUAGUUCAAAAGACUGUUUUAAUUAGUCUCAUAUUUGGAACAGCAGGGGCAACAGAUAACAGGAGCCAUCAAACAUCCUUUUGUUCCUACAGAAGUUUGUAUCCAAAGAUGGCUAUUGUCUCACUUUAGGCCUUAGUUUUGCCUUGAUACCUGCACAGGUUUCAUUUUAAUUCUUUACUAGUUGCAUUAUCCAGUAUUGCUUGUAAAAUCAUUAAUGAUCAUUCUGUUUCAACUACUGCAGAGGAUGAAUGCCUAUCUCUUUCUGAGGGCUCAGGUGCUCUUUAUAUUGUGCUUCCAUAUCCGUUUAUCUUCCAGUCAGUUGCAAACAUGACUCUGUAUGAAUGAAAAAUAAUUGGGAUGUCCCCAAGAUUCCCCCGAAGUGAACUUAGUGUAUAUCACAUGAUAAGUCAGACAAUUCCAAAUAUCCCCUGCAGCAGAAAAAAAUGCUGUAAAUACAUUUAGUGAUAAUGGCCAAGAAUGUAAGUGUUAUUUAUAUCAAAAGUUCAUCUGAAUCUUUCAUGAUGUGUUGCAAGCAUCUGUGAAUGAGAAAAAUAUGGAAUGCUAACAAAACUCCCAAUGAAUUUUAUGUACAUGGCAUAGCCUACGUUUUAGCUAAAUGUUAAACUUCCCAUGCUAACUGAAAGUUAGAAGUGUUGAGCAGGACCAAUUUUAGGAUGUGGUUUGGGAUGGUCUGCAUGAGGGCAGUGGUAUAAUCUCUGAAUGUAUUUUGCCAAGAAAACCCUCUGACAGAGAUGCCAUAAGUUGGAGUUGUCUUGAAGGCAUGUGUAACAAUAAAAGGAAGUGAUCUUGUAUGAUCACUGUUAGACUGCACAUCUCUGCCAGCAUUUUUUUCAAGAAGCUAGUGAAUUCUUGUUUACAUUUUACUGUUUCUGUGGCAGAAAUGGGCACUGAAGAUAUUCUGUAGUAUGAAGGAAUUUUAUAAAUACUGGAAUGUGAAAUGUUGAAACAUUAAUCUUCCCCACUAAAAUUAUCUUCUGUGCUGCAGAAUGAAUUUUAGUAAUGGAAAACUCUUUGAAAGACAAUAUUAUCUGGAUUGUUGCCACUGCUGCAUCAAAGUAAAAUCCAUGCAAUAUAAAAUCCUAGCUCUGAGCACAAUGGAAUGCAGUGUUUGGAAUAAACUUGCUACCUUUUCCUAGUCAUGCCUUUGUACUUGCCAGACAUUUUGUAGAAACUCCUAUUCUGUUUGAAUAUCAGGUAUUUACUUCAUCUCUAUAGGCAGAAAUGACUUCCUGGUGGGCCAAUAGCAUUUCAGCCUCUUGUAUUCAAUGGUGCUUUUUCAGAGUAGAUUUCUUUGUGUCUUAACAAUUUUCUGUUAAAAGUGUCUUAUGUAGAACAUGUAAUAACUGCCUCACUGUCUGGUGUCUUCAUUACAUGUUCUUUUUACUUUAAAUGAUAUGAAUGUAUUUUGCCCCUGCAGGGGAGAAUGAUGCAAUGAUUAGUGCUUUUUCCUAUCACAUUUAAGUGGCAUUCGUUUUCUGACAAACCUUCAUUCAAUGCUCAACUGCACAAUAGUUGAAAAAAGAACAUUGCCUUUUUCAGGCAUUCUGUGUCAUUGAUGUAUAGACAACUGAAAAAUGGGAAAAGACAAGAAUAGCUUUCAACUUGAAUAUUUCCUACUGUAGACAUUUAGAAACUCAGUUGUCAAAUGCUUGUCUGUAAAAAUGUUUGAAUAUGUUUUAUUAUGUGUCAAUUUGAGAUGAGUAAAUACCAGCUGAAAUCUUUUUUUAAAAAAAAUCACCUGCUAUUAUGAAUGGUCUUACAGAGUUAUAGAAUGAUGCUAUCACUUCAUAUGUCUUUGUGAUAAUAAAUUUAAGCCAAUA